GAGAGACCCAUUCCAUCCAAUGGCACGCGCACCGUGGAGUAACGACCCGCAGCGUUUGCGCAGAAUACAACAACAAACCUUUUAAACUGAUGUGACCCAUUCAGAGAGUGAGUCACCCGAGUGCACAUUCUCCAAGUGAGUGAUUACGGUGCUGCGGAGAGGAGGAGAAAGAGCGGGCAACUUUUUACAGAAAGCGCGCAGAAACUCACCGCCGCAUCCCAUCUCGAGACUGCUGGCAUCCGCCAGAAACAGCGCGCGCGCACCUAGAGCGAACCGGACCGUUAAAAGAUGUGAUUAUUUUCCUUUUCUGUCUCAGACAGGUGUCUUUAUUUUACAGAAGAACAAAGAUGAGAAUUCACUAUUCUGAAGCCACUUGCAUCCUCAUCAUCCUUCAAACGCUGUGGUGGGGCUUGAAUAGUCAAUGUGAGGAACCAAUUGAAAGCUCCAAACUCGACCUCUCGGUGACCUAUGACCUUCCUCACUUUGUGUCUGACACUCCCAUCCAGAAGCUGUUGGAAUACAAUGGAACUGUGUACGUAGGUGCCGUCAAUAAGCUUUAUGCUCUAUCAAAAGACCUCAAGCAGAUACAUGAGUAUUAUACCGGACCGGUCUCCGAGGGUCCAGAUUGCUCGGUGCCAAAACCAUGCUUUGUUUGCGAAGACAAGCCCACCAACACAAACAACACCAAUAUGGCCCUGGUGAUGGAGACGUUCUACGACCUUGAGCUCUUCAGCUGUGGUUCGGUUGGGAACGGUGUCUGCACCCGUUACCUGUUAGAGGACGGACCCCUGGAUACGGAUGUAACUUGCAUGUAUUCGGAGAAAAACAAAGGCAGCAGCCACGGUUGCCCAGACUGCCUAGCAGGACCCUCAGGCACGCAGAUCCUCAACGUGAUGAGCAGCGGUGUUGUGAGGUUCUUCGUAGCCAAUUCUGAGCCUCUUGAUAUGACCGGCCCGCGUCUCCACCACACCAUCUCCGUCAGGAAGAUGCGAGAGACUCAAGAUGGCUUUGAGUUCUUUUCCGAGCAAUCCUACAUGGACUUGGCCCCAGGGCUGCGUGGGAACUACCCGCUACGCUACGUCUACUCCUUCCAGAGUGGUCCAUAUGCUUAUUUUCUCACCGUCCAACGAGAAGGUGGAGGCUCAAAUGCCUUCCACACGAGGAUCGUACGCAUGUGCUCUUCGGAUCCUGAGAUCCUGCGCUAUGUAGAAAUGCCCUUUGAGUGCAUUUACUCUGAGCGAAGAAGGAAGAAGCGCUCGGCCCAGGUGGUUUUCAAUGUUCUCCAGGCUGCACAUGUGGCCAAAGUCGGCUAUGACUUUCAGCAGGAGAUGGGCCUGAAAGAAGGAGAGGACGUGCUGUUUGCUGCCUUUGCCCGCAGCAAACCUGACUCACCGGAGCCCACCGCCAGCUCUGCCGUUUGCCUUAUCUCCAUUACGGACAUCAAUAACUUCUUCAGGGAUUUCAUUCAGAAGGGAUACACGAGGAAGCUCUAUCACUUUCCAGGGUCAGAAGAGAAAACCUUCAACCAGAGUUUUGCAGGAGAUUCCUUCAGCUGUGGGAAACAUGAAAGAGGGUACCGGUUGGAAGUUACAAGCACCAACCCACGCCGGGACUAUUUCCAUGGACGAUUCCGGAACAUUCUUCUCACUUCCAUAGCCGUGGUGCCCAUCCAAAACCACACUGUGGUCAGCCUAGGCACAGCUGAGGGACGCGUCAUCCAGGUGGUGGUUUCCCGCUUUGGCAAGACUGAGCCGCAUGUGGACUUCCGCUUGGACACGCUCCCCGUGUCCUCAGAGAUGGCCCUGCUGUCUCCACAGCGUCACGAUGGCUCCUUAUUGUUGGUAACAGGAAACAAGGUCUCUAAGGUUCCUCUGAUAGGCCCUGGAUGUGAACAACUGUGGACUUGUAGCUCUUGUCUCUUGGCCCCAGCCUUCAUGGGCUGUGGAUGGUGCAAGACCACCGAUCGCUGCAUGAGGGCUUCUCAGUGCUCCCCCUCCCAUUGGAUCCAGGACUCCUGCCCCCUCCUCAUAACCACGAUUUCUCCUUCCUCUGCUCCACUCGGAGGCCACACCAACAUGACAAUCUGUGGCAAAAACUUUGGUUUUAAUAAGAAAGACCGCUUUGAUACCAAGCUGAUCAAUGUGGUGGUUGCUGGAACAAAGUGUAAAUUGGAGAGGAAAGACAGUAGCAAUAAUCGGUUGGUCUGCGGACUAGAUCAUGUGAACGCAUCCAGCGUUGACUCUGUGGUCAGGGUGCGCAGUGGCAAGGAACAGGCCCAGAAACACGGUUUCUCAUUUGUGAACCCAGUUAUCACAGAGAUCUUCCCAGAGUUUGGACCUAAGUCUGGCGGAACAAUGCUCACUAUCACAGGUUCAUUCCUGGACAGUGGAAAUUCACAAGUGAUUACCAUGGGAAAUGCUACCUGUGUGCUGCAGAGUAUUUCAGCCACAAUGUUGACUUGUCGGACACCACCUCAGCCAUCACCGUCCCAACACAAGGUACAGCUGCACAUUGAUGGAGUGAUUCGUGAAGCUCCUGUCAGCUACACCUACAACGAGAACCCACACAUCUCCAGCGUCCAGCCCAAGCAUUCCUUCAUCAGUGGAGGAAGCACAGUGACAGUGAAUGGUUUCUACCUCCACUCAGCUCUCCAACCUCAGAUGGUUCUCACUGCCGCCACAGAGGGCAAACUCUUCCAAGUGACCUGCAGUCAUGAUGAGGAUAAGCGAAAUAUCCUUUGUAUCACACCCUCCCUGAAAGGCCUCAGUGUUCAGCCUCCAGUUGCCACGAAAAUGACCUUUGUGUUAGACGGUUUCUCCACCGAUCAGUAUGACCUACUGUAUGUGGAAGAUCCCAAGUUCGAGGAGUUUCAGAAGCCCACCGUUACACCGAGAGGCAACAAGAGCAUUCUGGAGAUUAAGGUCCCCCCUGUGAAUCAGGAGGCGGUGAAAAACGGCGAGGUGCUGAGAGUUUCGAACCGGACCUGUGAGAGUGUCACUUUGGUGGGCAACACGCUCGAAUGCACCGUACCCAUGGAGCUCCAGACAGCUGCCAAAGAGCUGGAGGUGGAGUGGAAGCAGGCCACAUCAUCUGUGAUCCUAGGUCGUGUGGUCUUGGCUCAAGACCAGGAUUACAGGAUACUGAUAACAGGAGGAGUGUGUGUGUCCAUCCUUCUACUGCUCCUGAUCGGAGUCUUUGUUUGGAUCAAGAGGAAGAAGCAUAUUGAUGAUUUAGCUAAGGCUAUGGUUUGGUAUGACGGCCGGGCUCACAUUCCGCACUUGGACAUGUUGGCAAACGCGAGGAGUGUCAGUCCGACUAAUGAAAUGGUCUCUCACGAGUCGGUGGACUAUAGAACCACUUUGCUUGAGGACCAAAACUUGCCUCUGUCGCAGACAGAGUCCUGCCGGCCUCAUCUCUACGCACAUGCCCAUGUGGAUCUGUCCCCAAUCCUGGGACCGAUGGAAGGGGAUCUGGCAUCUCCACUGUUGCCCUCUAAUGCACCCAUAGAUCUGGGCAGCCUCCACCCUGAGCUGCUGAAGGAAGUGCAGCACGUGGUGAUCGCCCGGGAAGAUCUGCUCUUACAUGUGAAUGAGAUCAUCGGGAGAGGGCACUUUGGCUGCGUGUUCCAUGGAACCCUGCUCGAACCAGAUGGCCAGAAGCAGCACUGCGCCAUCAAGUCCUUGAACAGAAUCACUGAUAUAGAAGAGGUGUCUCAGUUCCUGAAGGAGGGCAUCAUCAUGAAAGACUUCAGCCAUCCCAAUGUGCUCUCUUUGCUGGGAAUCUGCCUGCCCAGCGAGGGCUCGCCUCUCGUCGUGUUGCCGUACAUGAAGCAUGGAGAUCUGCGCAACUUCAUCAGAGAUGAAACUCACAACCCCACAGUGAAGGACCUGAUGGGUUUCGGGCUGCAGGUGGCUAAAGGAAUGGAAUAUCUUGCCAGCAAGAAGUUUGUACACAGAGACCUCGCGGCCAGAAACUGCAUGCUAGAUGAGAGCUACACAGUAAAGGUGGCUGAUUUUGGCCUGGCCAGAGAUGUGUAUGAUAAAGAAUACUACAGCGUGCACAACAAGCACGGGGUGAAACUGCCCGUCAAAUGGAUGGCAUUAGAAAGCCUGCAGACGCAUAAGUUCACCACCAAAUCUGAUGUGUGGUCGUUUGGCGUGUUGCUAUGGGAACUCAUGACCCGGGGUGCCCCGCCUUACUCCGAUGUGAACUCCUUUGACAUCACAGUCUUCCUCCUGCAAGGCCGGAGACUUCUACAGCCAGAGUUCUGCCCAGACGCACUAUACAAUGUGAUGAUCGAGUGCUGGCACCCCAAACCCGAGCGUCGGCCCUCCUUCUCGGAGCUAGUGUCCCGCAUCGCCGCCAUCUUCUCCAGCUUCAGCGGAGAGCACUACAUCCUCCUUAACACCACCUACGUCAACAUUGAUAAGAUGACGCCCUACCCCUCUCUCAUCUCCUCUCAGAGUAACCUCGACCGUGACUGCUGCACCUGAAAGACAAAGUCACCAGACAGAGGGAGGGAGAGGAAAACGACAAAACAAAGCCAUUGCUGUUCAUGAAAGACACUGGACUGGCUGCCAGGGGCGGCUUUCAUCAUUAAAGGAGGAGGAAAUCGGCCCAAGGACACUGUGAAAGACUUAAAAGGCACGAACACUCCCUUAAUCGCUGUAAAUAGAUUAUGAUGAGCCCGUGACCUGUGGAGUUGAGAUUCUCCAGUCAAGCAUGAGAUGGUCCUGAUCCCCUUGGGACACUUGCAGAAACCGUUCUCUGAGUUGGCACCCCAUUAAUGUUUCAUCUGUAGGGUUGCAUUUCGAUGCUUCUUGCAGUCUGUGACCAUCUGAUUCAUUUAUGCUCUUGGAAGACGCUUUCGAACCAAAUGACUUCAAGACAUCUCAGCGGCAUUGUUUUUCUCCGGCGUAACCUGAGCGUACGUUGACCAUUUUAUUUUCUGUGAAAAGUGUAAUAAAGCGUUGUGCAUGCCUUCAUACUAUGAACUGAACGCAGCAUAAUGAAGAUAUCAGGUGAACACUGGACACAACACUUGACGUUUGAUGAUGUCAACGUUCUUGUGAUGCCAGUAUGUCCAAUUCAGACUUUAAACGACCGAUAUGAAUGAUCUGAUUCUGUUUUGUUUACUUAUGUUCAGACGAAUCUUUUCUGUCCUGGCCAUUUGAAUCUUUCCGACAAGAUUUCUUCUGUAGUUUAUAUAUAUUUUUAUAUAAUCGGUUUAGUGUCAAAGCGAACAUACUACAAGGUCCACAUGGAAUCUGUGCAGCUCUUUCACAUUUUCACCACUGAUUGAGUGAGAAAAUCUGUGAAAUGGAUUUAAAGUCAACAGGAAAUGGCAUUCCACUUCCUUAAUGUGAUCCAUUUCUCAAUGAAACCGGAAAAUGUGGCUACAGUCGAGUGGAACAGGUGAUGUCAGACGAAAAGGUUUUCAGAAGUGGAGCAAGUUGGAAUAACGUGAACAAAUUAAUGCCCUCCAUAAAACCAGAAAUAAUAUUAAAUAGGAGUAAAUAGGGUCAAUAUGAAAAUAUUAAGCGGCACAGCUGUUUUUUUUUUUUAGCAUUGAUAAUGAUAAGAAAUGUAUCUUGAGCAGCAAAUCAGCAUAUUAGAAUGAUUUCUGAAAGAUCAUGUGACACUGAAGACUGGAGUAAAACUCAGCUUUAUGAUAUGAUUUUAUAUAUAUAUAUAGCCAAGAAAUUCAAUAACAACACAUAGCCGCUUUUCCACCGUCGGGCUGAACGGUUCUUAGAAUGGUAAGGAACGGUUCCAGUUGUGUUUCCACUGGAGCCUGGUACAGCACGGCACGAUUACAAACUGUUCUCGGCAUGGUUGUCUAAGGGGCCAUUCACAGAGAACGAGUCUUUGCGUCUAAAAACGCGAGACGGAGCGCUCAGGAAUGGUUUUUAAACAAGCGCAGCGUAGAACGCGAACCAUUCAUAAAACUGCUCAGAGAAUUUAUUAGUGUCAUUGCAAAUGUUAAGAGUGAAUACAUUUCCUUUAUCAUCAGUCUGAAUUUAUAUCUCAAAACCGCGUCUAGACGUGAUGCAAUAACGACAAUAACGGAAAUAAUUGAAAUAGGCAAACAGCAGAAUUGAUAGAAGAGUUUUGACAUGGAAAAAAAUAAAAUAAGAUAAUAACGAGCACCUCCUUCACCAUGUUGCCGUCAAAUAAAACCGUUUUCAUGCCAACUUGCUACUGUAAACAGACACUUGCCCCGCCUCCGAGUUCUUCUGAUUGGUCCACUGUUUUGAAACUGACAUUGAUGAUCGGCGCUGCGUGUAAAAGUUGAAAUUCUUUCAACUUUACACGGCGUCUUAAAAACGCGACGCUCAUGUGCGAGGCACUGCAAAAGACGCGAGCGUAACGGCCAUGCACGUCCAUCAAGCGCGUGUUUAUAUAGAAAAACAAUGUGAAAGUAGCGCAUUGGAAUAGAAAAACGCGUUCCGAGAAUCCGAGAAUUGACGUCUCCACACAGGAUUGGUCGGUUUUCCCGCGGAAUUGGGCUACUUUUACACUGUUGCCGCGGGUUGUUUUUCAUGUCCGCGGGUUGAAUUGACCCCAAAUAACGUGAUAUUUAGCCCCUGGAAUGCGAAUUUUACCAGAGGAGCCCCGGCAAAAACGCGGAUUUCGUUGGGCAAUUGGGCGGAUUUUGUUGUGAAAACCUGCCCACAGUGGAAAAUGAAACCGCAACCGUACCAGCUGUCCCGGAUCGGCACGGUUACGCAAUGAGAACCGUUCGGCCCGACGGUGGAAAAGCGGCUCAUGUGAGAGGCGGGUGAUGUGUGGUACUUUGUGAACGGCGAGUGCAGAUUCAGUGCAGGCCUGUAUGUUCCUAUGUAGUGAAGAUGACUAUGAAUGUGACUUUCCAUAACGGACUACUGGACGAUGUAAAUAAUUUGUCUCUCUACCCUUAUUGUCUGACUUGCUGUGUGAUACAUGUGUAUAUAUAGCCUAUGAACACAGUACACUAUAGACAGUUUGUUAUACCAGUCAAAUGAGGUCAAUCAUUUCAUUUUAUCCUUAUGUGAGUAAAAGUUCUAGUGUUCUUGUUAUAAAUGAUCAAUAAACAGACUGAAUCUUGAUUUGUUUUAUAUUAUGGUUUAGGUUUCACCAUUUAUAAAAACCUUUCUUUGAUCCUGUCAGACUGUCUUGUGAUUUUCUAUAUGGAGUUCAAACUCAAAAAUGGUACAAAUGACAAUAUUUCUGUUGUUCCAAUCAUGAUAAUAAAGUUUUAUUAUGUGUGUGUAUGUA